AUGCCUGCUCCUCAACAAGCCGAGUUCACUUUCCUGCCCCUUGGAGCCAUCAUUCAGGAAUUCCGUGUCGGAGGCAAGAACAUUGUCCUCGGGUUCCCCACACAAGAACACUAUGUCCAGUACAACACUGCGCAUUACGGUGCUACCAUCGGUCGCGUUGCCAACCGUCUCAAGGAUGGUCAAAUUAACAACCUUAACGGUCGCAAUUACCAACUCGUGAAGAACAAUGGACCCAAUGCUCUUCAUGGCGGCGAAAAAGGCUGGGGAAAGCGCGUUUUUGACGGCCCGCACACCGUGAGUCGCCAUGGACAUGAUUCUCUGCUCUUCAAAUAUCUCUGCAAGGAUGCGGAGGAGGGGUAUCCUGGAACAGUGGAGGUCCGCGUUUGGUACACUGCCAGUAAGGAAGAUGAGAAGACCGUUCUCACGACCGAGUAUGAGGUGGAAUUUGUUGGUGACGAGUGCGAGGAGACCGUUGUCAACAUCACCAACCACAGCUACUUUAACAUCGGUGACGGCCCAACCAUCACCGGUACCACCGCUCAACUGGAAACUGAUGACUAUCUCCCCAUCGACUCCACCGGUAUCCCAGUAGGAAAGAUUGCGAAGUUCCCUCGUGAGGUAACCAAAUUAUUCGAGCUCGAAGCAGCGGGUCCCCACAUCGACGACGUCUUCAUCAUGGAGACCGACCCAUCCAAGAUUCCCCUCGACACUCGUGGCUUGCCCCUUCGUCGUCAAGCCCAGUUCAGCAACCCCAACACAGGCAUUCAUCUCGAAGUCUACAGCACAGAGCCUGCAUUCCAGUUCUACACGGGCAAGUACAUUAAUGUGCCAUCUAUUGAUGGUGCCCCGGCUCACACCGAAGGCGCCGGAUUCUGUGUGGAACCCAGCCGCUACGUGAAUGCUAUUAACGAGCCAGAAUGGCGGUCACAGGUCUUGCUUAAGAAAGGCCAGAUCUUUGGUUGCAAGAAUGUUUACAAGGCUUGGAAGGCUUAG